GGUGACGGGUGCCCCCGACUCCAGCCCGGACCCUGGCCGGACUGCGCAGGGAGCAGGGGUCUUGCACGGUCGGCGCUGACCCGCCCCCCCCUACUCAGCCCAGAAAGGGGAAGGGGCCAAUGGAGGCGGUCGUCCUGAUCCCCUACGUGCUGGGCCUCCUGCUGCUGCCGCUGCUGGCUGUGGUGCUGUGUGUGCGGUGCCGAGAGCUGCCAGGCUCCUAUGACAAUACGGCCUCUGACAGCUUGGCCCCAAGUAGCAUCGUGAUCAAACGCCCUCCCACACUCGCCACCUGGACACCAGCCACCUCCUAUCCUCCUGUUACCUCCUACCCACCCUUGAGCCAGCCGGACCUGCUUCCCAUCCCGAGGUCCCCACAGCCCCCUGGGGGCUCCCACCGCAUGCCAUCUUCCCGGCAGGACUCAGAUGGUGCCAACAGUGUGGCGAGCUACGAGAACGAGGGUGCGUCUGGGGCCCCAGGUGCCCUGGUUGCAGGGAGGCUGGGGCCUGGGCUGGGCCCUGCUGAUCGCUGUGUCGUUACCUCAGAGCCCGCCUGUGAGGACGAUGAUGAAGACGAGGAGGAGGAUUAUCCCAACGAGGGCUACUUGGAGGUGCUUCCUGACAGCACGCCAACGACAGGCACUGCUGUCCCACCGGCUCCCGCACCCAGCAACCCUGGCCUCCGAGACAGCGCCUUCUCCAUGGAGUCGGGGGAGGAUUACGUGAACGUCCCCGAGAGCGAGGAGAGUGCAGACGUGUCUCUGGAUGGGAGCCGGGAGUACGUGAAUGUGUCCCAGGAGCUGCCACCCGUGGCUAGGACCGAGCCUGCCAUCCUGAGCUCCCAGAACGACGACGAGGAAGAGGGAGCUCCAGAUUAUGAGAAUCUGCAGGGGCUUAACUGAGGGUCCGCGCGAGGCCAUGCCUGUCCUCAAACCAGCCUUGCUCGGGAGUGCUGAGCUGGGCAGCUGGCAGUGGCUCUGGGGGACCCUCCUAGGCACCCCACCCUGACUGCAGCCUGAGAACAGCCUGAGAAUCUCCCCCCUAACUUAUUGUCACUUUGGGGUCCAGCCUGUGUGCCCCCAACACUCUGCACCUUCUGACGCAGCCUGAGAAUGAGCUACCCUGGCCCCAGCCCUAUUCGGCAGUAGAAUAAAGGCUGGUGUGGUCUGUA